AAAAUGCAUUUAUCUUAUUUCAUUGACCCACAUAUGCGAUGUAAAAGGAGGCUGUAUGAAGUUUACCGCUUUAUCGACUUGCAUCUGUGCGUUUAAUGUGGGUGGCAAAUCAUUGGGAGGAUGGAUAUUAUCUCGAGGAAAGAAAUAAACGCGUACAUGUACGAUACUUUCGACGUCCCUACGUUUUUCGUCUAAGAUCAAUGACAGAAAUACGUGAUAAAAAAUGAUAUUGCGGAGAUCACGAACGGAGAUGAAAUUAUUAAGAUUUGUUUAUAUCUUUGCGGCACUUUUUAUUUUAAUCUCUGGGGACGAGUAUAAAAAGCCAACUGUUUUAAUAACGAUUCUAGUCCGUAACAAAGCACAUACAUUACCGUAUUUUUUAACGUUCUUGGAACAAUUGCAUUACCCGAAAGACCGAAUGCACCUUUGGAUACGAAGCGAUAACAACAUUGAUAAUUCCGUUGAAAUCUUGACGACCUGGUUGAAAAAUCAAGCUGACGAAUACCAUGGAAUUGACGUCAAUCUCGAUGAAACCAUAUCCAAAGAUAAAUUUGAAAUUUCUCAAUGGUCCAGGCAAAGAUUUUUACACGUGAUCAAUUUACGCGAACAAGCACUCAAUGCGGGAGGAAAUAUGUGGGCAGAUUUCGUUUGGAUGCUCGACGCGGACGUCUUUCUGACGAAUCCAAACACUCUCAAUGAGCUGAUUGUAAAAAAUCAAACUGUAGUCGCUCCCAUGUUGAAAUCCGACGGAUUGUACAGUAAUUUUUGGGCUGGGAUGACCAAUGAUUAUUAUUAUUUGAGAACUGAGAAAUACGAACCGAUCUUUUAUCGGGAGGAGAAAGGAUGUUUCAACGUGCCAAUGAUUCAUAGCGCUGUUCUUAUAGAUUUAAGACGACGCGCUUCAGAUUUCCUUACGUACGACCCGAACAAUUUGAAAGCGUAUGAUGGACCCACUGACGAUAUUAUAACUUUUGCCGUUGGAGCUAAUAUGUCUGAUAUAUCUUUAUUUAUUUGCAACGAUCAUUUUUAUGGCUUCGUGACAGUUCCAUUAGAAGAAACAGAGACAAUCGCUGAUGAUGAGCAAAGACUGAUUAAUAUUAAGACGGAGAUUUUAUCGAACAGUAACUACUUACCACUAUCGACGUAUUUGGAACAGUUCGUACAAUAUCCUGAGAAGGAUACAUUAGGAGUGGAUCACAUUUAUAUGAUAAAUCUUUUAAGAAGACCAGAAAGACGCGAUAGAAUGCAUAAACUUUUUAGGGAACUUGGAAUUAGAGCGGAAACGAUAGACGCUAUUGAUGGUAGGGCGUUAAAUAGCUCUAUCAUCAAAGAAUUAGGAAUAGAAAUGAUGCCGGAGUACGCUGAUCCAUAUCAUGAUCGACCAAUGACUAUGGGUGAGAUCGGUUGCUUUUUAAGUCAUUAUAAUAUUUGGAGUAAGGUAAUCGAGAAUGGUUUCGAAAGUGUUAUAGUCUUAGAAGAUGACGUCCGAUUCGAACCGUACUUUCGACAAAAGAUUAAAUACAUUUUAGCAGAACUGGACGAUCUUCAAGUUCAAUGGGAUUUAAUCUACCUGGGUAGAAAAAUAUUGGCAGGCAAUUCUGAAGCUGUGGUUUAUGGAUCGAAAUAUUUGGUGCGCCCUAGUUAUAGUUAUUGGACUUUGGGGUACAUUUUAUCUGGUAAUGGCGCAAAGAAACUCGUCGGAGCAAUGCCAUUAAAACACUUGAUACCCGUCGACGAAUAUCUUCCAAUAUUAGCCGACGUUCAUCCCAGGGAGGACUGGAAAAUAUAUUAUCCAAAGAGAAAUUUAAUGUUGCUUUCUGCAAGCCCUUUGCUAAUUUAUCCAACGCAUUACACAGGCGAGCAGGGAUACAUCAGCGAUACAGAAAAUUCGACGAUCAUAUUAAAUAAUCAAAGUACCUUUAAGUCAAAAAGGGAAGACUUAUGAGUGCCAUAUAAUAGUUACCAUAAGAAUAUGAACCGUAUUUUUAAGUUUUAUUAAUACACUCACUUUGUGUACUACUGCCAUUUAAAUAUGUAUUAUAAAAACGAUAAUAUGUACAAGAAAUAGAAUGAUAGAUAUGAUGUUUUAUAUA